AAUCGAUUCAUUGGUCGAUGGCCAAACGGUUCCUUGAAUUCACUCACUGCAAGAUGGGUAAAUCCACCGUAUCGAUUCUACACACAGUAUUGGAUUUACAAUUACACGAAUCCACUUGAAAUAAUGAAUCGUGGAGCGGCACCAGAUAUGUUCGAAAAAGGACCGUAUUCAUAUCGUGUUUCACUGGUGAAUUAUAUCGAAAAGUUCUCGGACGAUGGUGCUGAAGUGUUGUAUCGACCGCAGAGUGUUUAUCACUUCGACAAAGCAACAUCGUGUGCUGGUUGUACACCGAGCGAUAUAUUUCUUGUACCUGAUACUGUAUUUUUUGUGAGUUCUUAUCAAGACUUUGUCGCAGUUCUAAUCUCGAUGCUUAUCAUUUUUCAACUGCUCAACAAAAACUCUAAAAUGAUCAGAUAUCAAGAAUUGAAAUUCAAUAUGAUUUACACUAAUGAGUCACUGAUGGCAUUUCAGAAAACAGUAAAUUCGUUGACGAGUGUUGAGGGAUUGAAAGCAGUUCUGUGCGCGAAACUCGGUGAUUUACUCUGUAGUAGCGCCAAUCCGGAUGCGUUGAAUGCCCUCACGCAAGGAAUCAUCGAUAAUUAUACCGAAUACGCAAGCAUUGCUAUCAAAGCGCUCAACGCUGGACCUCUUGUUUAUACGACAGUUGACGAUUUGCUCUUCAAAGGUUACGAUGAUCCACUUUUCACGAAAGUUGCUCAGUUUGCGGUGGAUGCGAUUCAGACAAUGUCACCACCACUUGCACAAAUGGUUCCAGAAAAUAUUUCAACGCCAAAAAUUCAUCUCAAUAACAACAAUGAUACGAUCAAUCCAAUGUACACGAUGAGUACUGGUAAGAAGCGUAACAAACAAAUCGGUGAAAUACUCUCAAUAGAUGUUUAUCCAAAUUCAACGGACAAUUCUAAUGGAUCUUCACUGUCUACAACAUGGUCGGUCACCUUUCACUUACACUUCAUUCGGUUCUUUCAUCCAAGCGUCCUAUCGCCGUUGAUCUUUUACAUUUUCAUGCAUAAACACUGCCUAUUUGAUAGAGGUUGUUCAGACUGCUUAUGA